AUGGUUCAAAACCAUCCUAACUUGACUCAUUGGAGUCAGCAUUUGUCAGCUUCUACAUCUGCUGCAACUGCACAGGCUGCGUUACCUCCUAUGGUUCCACCUUCUUCUACUUUCCAACAGCCAUCUCCAACGCAUGUCGGGCUUCGCGUAAAUGCCCUGGGCCAAACGGUUGAUCCUACUCACAUGCAGCAAGUUUCCUGUAACCAGGCUUCUACCCUUCAGCAAAGUCAGUUUCAGUACCCGCAGACUCAGGAAUAUUUGCUACAACAACAGCAAGCUCAUCAGCAUCUGCAAUUGCAGCAGCAACAACAACUUCAGCUUCAGCAACAGCAGAGCAAUGUUUUUGCUUCCAAUCAAUCGGCAAUUAAUCUCACUGGCUUGCAGUCUGUUCAAUCCCCUCACUUGGCCUCUGCUGUUAUUAACAUGGCUCGCUCAUCACAAUAUCCUCAUAUGCAAUCGUCUCAACCAUCGCUCACAUCAGCUCCUGUUACAAAUGCUAAACCAAACAUUAAAAAGCCUCCGCGGCAAAGAAAAAAACCUUCUGUCAAGAAAGAAAGGGAAGAAAUUGCCAAGAAUGGGGAUCAUAUUAAUUCAAUCGCUUCUCUGACAGGCAAUGAAGGUGCAAAUAAGAAUGACGUCGAAUCGAACGCCAACAAGGCAUUUAGCUCCGAUGAUGCUGUUCUCCCUGCUUCAGCUCUUAUUACUCCGGUUUCACGAUUGCCAGAGAGUGUCAUGAUUAAGAUGGAACCUUCUCUCAUGGAAUCUCCUCCUCUGCCUAUGAUCACAAUCACAAGUCAGGCCAAAGUGCUCACUGAGGAAGAGCUCAUAGCUCUAAAGCCAUAUCAGUGCGAUCAAUGCCUUAAGAGAUAUUCUGGGAUGAAGUCUUUGAAGAAUCAUAAAUUAACUCACUCUGACAUAAAACCACACAAGUGCUCUAUCUGCGAAAAGGCUUUUCAUCGAGCUGAUAAAAUGCGUUUGCACGAAAUCUCUCAUCUAAAUGUUAAACCAUAUGAAUGCGCUACUUGUAAACAACGCUUUACUAGGUCUGACAAACUCAAAAUUCAUCACCGGACUCACACUGGUGUCCGACCCUACGCCUGUUCAUUUUGCCCUAAGCGGUUCACUCGAUCAGACAAACUUAAGAUACACGAGCGUAUUCAUACAAAAAUAAAGCCCUAUGAAUGUCAGCAUUGCGGUAAGUGCUUUGCGCGCUCAGACAAGCGACGUCUUCAUGAACGUACUCAUAUGUUUGGCCCGAAGCCAUCGAGGGCGUCGACUGGAAUAUCCAAAAAGUUAAAAGCUGCUGUCAACAGUGCUGGUGGCGGCAUCGGCUUACCUACACUAGUACCUGUUUCAAGCAUUUCUGGAUUGGCCGAUUCACUAGCCAUCUCCGCUAGUGCUACCACGGGAACUCCAUCCAGUGGUAUUCCCUCUAAUUUGGCUCUUCAAAGCGGUGUUGCCCAACUUAACGACCUCGCAGCUGCUGCCAACGGACAACUGCUCACUGCAACUCAAGCGAACGCCGCAGCCGCUUUGUUGCCUGGU